AUGUCGAAUGCGCAACCUCAGGGUGGCCAGCCUGUGAACCCAAACGCCUACCCAAGCCCUUCCUACCCGUCGCCGUCGCUCUCGAACAACAAUUCCUCCUACAACUACCCCCCUCCGAACCCUCAGCAGGGUGAGCCGUAUCGCGCAAGUCCCACCGGCAGCACCAACUCGGCUUCAUUGUCGCUGCCCUCGAUGCGCACCCUCGACCCCAUCCAGCAGCAGCAGCAACAGCAGCAGCAGCAGAUCAUGAAUUCCGGUCUUCCACCCGUCGCUCCUCCAGGCUACUACCACCCCAGCCAAGGGCUGCCGCACCCGCACCAUCAACAACCACCGCAGUAUAAUAUCACGUCCGACCCAAACGGACAGAACCUGCGAUACCAACUGCCACAGCACGACGCGAGAGUCAUGUCGGGCGGUCGUCACAAGAAGGAAAUCAAGCGUCGCACCAAGACCGGAUGCCUCACCUGCAGAAAGCGCAGAAUCAAGUGCGACGAAGCCCAUCCUGCCUGUCGUAACUGCCAGAAGUCGAAGCGUGAGUGCAUGGGAUACGACCCCAUCUUCAAGCAACAGCCAGGUACGGCCGCAAUCCAAAUUGCCCCAUCCUCUGCUUCCGCUCAAUCUGGUUUAGCAGCGACGGCCAAUCCCUACCAAACCCAACCGCAGAUGUCAUACGGCAUGCCUCCUGCCACGACGAUGGGUUACGAGAACUCCCUCUCUGCCGGUGUCAGUUCGCCCGGGUCCGCCAACCAGAAUCAGUUCGACCAGAAUAGCUAUAUUGAUCCCGCCCUCGAGGCAGCAGGCCCGGCCAGCGUAGGAGGAUACCAGUCUAGUUCAGGUAUGCCACAACUCCUUCACGAUACACUCCGCCGAGAGAUGCACAGUGCCAGCCCCUACUCUUCAAAUGCGUCCGACACCCCGCAUUUGCGAGGCGGUGCUUCCUCUUUUGUCAUGUCCCCUUCAAUUGCAUAUUCAGAGGAGGACGACGCUUACACCAUUGUUCCAGCCAGACGAACCGUUGCCCAGCUUCUCAACCUCGGCGGUUCCGCACCCGCAUCUUCCCCUGCCGACCUAAGCCAGCUACAAAACCGUCUCGAAGAGAGCAAGCAUCUUUAUUAUUCCAUAUAUGCGCCUGGACUGGAGAACUUCCUGGAGACGAAGUGGUUCUCGAACAAGGGCCUGAACCAGAUGUUGGGCAACAAAGAGCUAAUGGACCAAUUUGGGGUGCUCCUUCAUCAAUUUGGAAAAGUAGCGCAACAAGAUCCCAAGGAGAUGGCGUACACAGCUAGCAUCGAGGCCAGAAUCGUUUGGUCCUUAGCUAACAUGGUCCGUCAACGAGUCGGCGGCGACAUGAACGGUAACAAGGAGUUGCGAACCGUCCCGGCCAUUGACGAUCCGAUGGAGGCAGCAAACCGACUGUCGAUUUUCGAAAGCCUCUUGACGAGCAAGGUAGCUACGUCUAAUCCUUUAACAGCUCCAGUCCCUGGAAGCACCGAUCAUCACCGCCUCCGCGAGCUCGAGUUCUGGCAUACGCUUGGCAACUUUGUCUGCCUGGAAGAGGACGAUCAAAGUGUCACCGUGCCAAAGGACACGGACGACAUUUUGGCAAACCUUCGGAAUCUUCUUGACGGCAGGGAGAACCGAGAUGUGCUUUACUCCAUCGCGGUUGUGCGAGCUAUUGGCCCUCGAAUUCAGGAGUAUACCCCAAACGAGACACCGCUACAUCUUGAUGAGAGCGACAACAAAAGCAAACUUCUUGUGGCGAAGAAGUUUGUUCAAGAUGAAGCACAAGGCCACGGGACAACCAAUGUCAUUCGCCGCCUGUGUGAGUUAGCAGCAAGAUCUUGGUCUAUGCCUGCUCCUGCUCCUGCUGUAGCUGCACCAGUCGGUGCAAAUUAA